AUGGGGAUGCCAGCAGUCGGAAAACCGCGCUCUCAAAGCUGUCGAGAUCCCCCCUCCUGCUCUCCCAACUCAUGUUUUCCACCCGAGUUGGAUGACACCAUCCCUGUCGCUCACAGCAACAUGGUCGUUACGCCCUCACGGUCCAUGCCGGUCUUCCAGUACAGGAUUGGCCAGCUGUAUAUGAUCAGCAAGCACAGCCAUGAACAGAGUGAGCGUGGAGAAGGAGUGGAGGUGGUGCAGAACGAACCCUACGAGGACCCCACACAUGGACAGGGACAGUUCACAGAAAAACGGGUCUACCUCAACAAUAAGCUCCCGAGCUGGGCCAGGGCUGUGGUCCCUAAAAUCUUCUAUGUGACAGAGAAGGCCUGGAACUACUACCCCUACACCAUCACAGAGUACACUUGCUCCUUUCUGCCAAAGUUCUCCAUUCACAUAGAGACCAAGUAUGAGGACAACAAAGGCAGCAAUGACAAUAUCUUUGACAGCGAGCCCAAAGGGGAGGAGGAGAUAGAGGUGUGCUUAGUGGAUAUCGCCUACGACGAGAUCCCAGAGCGCUACUACAAGGAGUCUGAGGACUUGCGGUACUUUAAAUCAGAGAAGACAGACCGGGGUGUUCUGCAGGAGGGCUGGAUCGACAACCAGGAACCCAUCAUGUGCUCCUACAAACUGGUGACAGUCAAGUUCGAGGUGUGGGGUCUUCAGACACGGGUGGAGCAGUUUGUACACAAGGUUAUCCGUGACGUCCUGCUCCUAGGACACAGACAAGCCUUUGCCUGGGUGGAUGAGUGGAUUGAAAUGACCAUGGACGAGGUGAGAGAGUACGAGCGGGCCACCCAGGAGGCCACCAACCGUAAGAUCGGCCCCUUCCCCCCAUCCAUCUCCAUCACCGAGACCCCCUUGGCCUCAGUGGCCCGCAACGGGCCCUCCAGCGCCCCCUCCACCCCCCUCUCCACGGAGCCUCCAGAGUACCUCUCCGUGCCCAAGGACCGACCCAGGAAGAAGUCAGCCCCAGAGACCUUGACCCUCCCCGACCCCAAUCGCAGGGACUCAGGCUUCAGGCUGGCUAGCAUCUUCUCCUGGGGCUCAACCCCUAGCCCCCAGCCUGAAUGAGAGGGGGACCCAUAGGUGUGGUAUACACCUAUCUACAUUCAGGGAGUGGCCAUUUUGUCCCCUAGACAACUUAUGUAAAAGGGAGUGUUGUUCACAGACCUCCUGUAACUUGGUGGUGUGGUAAAUGCCUCUCCACAGACAGUUGCUGGUAUCACCCUGAAGCCAGCCACUGUCACCAACUAACUGUGUCUUGGUCUGCUUUUGCAGAGAGAGAGUCAGUCUGAUCACCACGCAACACUUGGAGAGGAGUCUCAAGGCACACACCAAAUACAUGUACGUGCAAACACACACUCACGCACAUACACACACACACUCACAGACAUACACACACACACUCACGCACUCUCACACACACUGAGUGUCUUUUAAAAACCUCUUGAACCUCUCCAUUGGUCCCAUCAAAACACAGCAACCAGCACCAUCUACCAGCCAGAAAGCUCAUGUGAAGGUCAAUUAUAGUCUGAUUUAAUUUAGUUCACAUUCCUCUGAAUACUUUGCUUCUCUUCAGUGUCUCAGUCCUCUUUCAUCUCAGUUGAUACUGUAUCUCAGGGUUUGUUACCUAGAUACACAGAGAUCUGAUAAAUAGACUCUUCAAUCAGCACACUCAAUCUUUCUUCAUAUGGAUAUAAAUGUGUGGGAUGAUCAAACUCAUUUCCUCCUCUCUCCUUGCAGUCAAGCCCUCUUAUUGGUUGGAAAUUGACGCCAUGUAAUUUCAAAUGUAAUUGUGUGUUGGUUGUUAUUCAUGGUUUGUUGUAGGUCGUCGCUGUGAACAGAGUAAAACGGUGGAUUUCAGGAGAGUGUUAUUUUAUCCUGGGUUUUGUUUUGUAAAUAUGUAUAUUUAAGAGUUAUCUAUUGUAAAAAUGCUGAAUUCAUUGAUGUCUUUCAAUGCUAUGGAAUUGCUGUAAUCUCUGCAUUGGAGAGAGAAAGAGGUCUGUGUAGACCUCUAAAGUGGAGGCGUUCUCUUUCUGAAUCUGAAUUGUGUUGGUAUAGUUUUGUUGGCCAUGGUGCCCUUUAAAAGACAUAUAGAAAAAUGCAUGGCCUGAAUAUCCAGCCUCUGCUUUUCUUUUAAACUGGGGAGAAAAUGUACCUUUGAAAUGUCUGUCUUCUAUACGGUAUGGGGCAUUUCCUUUGCUUGUUACAGACUACGACAGGACAAAACAUCUGAUCAAUGUUGUGAUUUGGCUUUUAGGGAUGAUUUAAGUCAUGAAUUUGCAAUCAUGUUGUUGUUGUGUUUUAUAUCAAAUCAAUAAAUUAAAUAUUGCUCAAA